CACCCAUUAUUGUAUCUAGAUUCUUGUUGUAGUAUAUAAACCAUUUAAUUUCAAGAAAUUCUUGUUUGGCACUCUGCAACAAAUUAUCAAGGCGACUUUCCACCAAAGAUGAACUUGCUCACAUCCCUUUCGUGCUUCUCUUUGUUUUUCAUCCUGUGCUUUCAAGAAUUGGUUUGUCAGGAGGAAUUCUAUUCAAAGUAUUCAUGUGACAAUGUGGACAUCAGGUCCUUUAUUGUGGACAAACACAAUGAACUGAGGAGCUUGGUCCAACCACCCCCUGCAAAUAUGCUUAAGAUGGAAUGGCAUGAACCAGCAGCAGAUAAUGCACGGAGUUGGGCUAAAGCAUGUCCUACUGGCCACAGCAAAAUAGAGAUUCGGAGAACUAGUAAUUGGGGCUGCGGAGAGAACCUUUACUUUUCUAGCAGACUUGUCAGCUGGCUUAAGGUUUUGCUAGGCUGGUGGGGUGAAAAGGAUGACUUUGAAUAUGGAAAAGGAGCAGUAGCAGAAGGCAAAGUUAUUGGCCAUUAUACCCAGUUUGUCUGGCACAAAUCUUUUCAAUUAGGUUGCGCUUUACAUUUUUGUCCCCAGAAUUCUUUCAGUUAUGUCUACGUGUGCCACUACUGCCCUUCAGGAAAUGAACAGAAAUAUAUCAAUAUCCCUUAUAUUCCAGGACAACUAUGUGAAAACUGUGCAGGUGCCUGUACAGAGGAAGGUUUAUGCACCAAUUACUGCUGGUACCUCGAUGUUUAUGAAGAGUGUAAAGAUAUGGAGGACAUGUGUGAUGCUUCAGAAGAAAGUAUGGAAGAAGACUUCAAAGUGAGAAAUAUAUGUGAAGAAACUUGUCUCUGCAAUAGGCAACUGGGAAACAAUAGGCAACUGUAUUAGACAUCUCUUACCUUUAAAGAUCGUGUAUACCAAAAGCAAUUAAAAUUGCAAAGCAGAACGCAUUAAAAUAUUCAUGGGAAAUAAAAAAAAUAAAGUUGGAUGUCAGAUUCAA